AUGAAUUCGAGUGGGGUCUUGUUUACAACUAUAGCAUUAUAUAUAAUUGUCUCCAUUUCAGCUACAUUCAUCAACAAAUUACUCUUCACCUUUUCUGAAUACAAGUUCCCAUACCCCUUUUUCACGGUAUUUUUCCAGCUAGUUGUCAGUUUUAUUUUUUUGACAUUCUGGAGCACCUUUCGACCAAUUCGACGUCCAUAUGCUCGGAUUCCAACCUUCAAAUGGGAUUCUACAGUUGCGAUUCGUGUAGCUCCACUUACGAUUGUCUACAUGUGUGUCAUCAUUUUCAAUCCUUUAUUCUUGCAACAUGUCGAAACAACUGCUUAUCACUUUUCCCACUCACUCUCUAUCGCCUUUUCGAUUUUGUUCUCCCAAAUCAUGCUGAAGGUUGAAACAGCCUCACGUAUCAACUCGGCAUGUAUCAUCAUUAUUUUUGGUGUCUGCAUCAGCUCCAUGGGCAACCUGAAUUUUUCAUUGGUCGGAGCAUUCUAUGCUUUGGCAUGGCCAUCUGCUGUUGCUAUCUAUGGUAUCUAUAUCAAGAAGACUUUGGUGUCAUUAAGAAACGACUUUUGGGCUGUUAUUCAGUACAAUACAAUCAUGUCCAUUGCUAUUUUUGCGCCGCUUGUUUUGCUAUCUGGUGAAUUGAACGAUAUUCUUUCCAAUGUGUGGUUUUUAGAUGAGUUUGGAUUUUGGGUACAAAUGGUUAUCACAGCUAUGACUGGAUUUAGUGUAAAUGCAGCCAUGGUAUUACUACUGAUGUAUACAUCUCCAUUAUCUGUAGCAGUUGCAAGUACUUCAAAGACUAUUCUUCAAGCAUUUAUUGCUGCAGCGUUAUUUGGUAAUCGAUUGACUUUUAUGAACGUGGUCGGUUUGAUGAUUGCCUUGGCUGGAUCUUGUUACUUUACAUACUUGAGAUCUGCUGAUUUAAAACUGUAA